AUGGAUAUUCCGACGGAAGACGAUGGCCUGAAAUGGUUUGGAGAAGGCUUCGAUGGGUUCCCAAAACGCCUGCCCGACGAUUGUGCGGAAUACGUCAUCUACAUCAUCAACGAAGAGCUUUCGACCGCCGCGGCUGUAAGGGCAAGGUUGAACGACGUACUCAAGGCCUCCAAGGAUCUGGCGAAGAAGUUGUUGAAGGACUACAUCUGGCAGCGAGACGUCUUUGAGCUGAAACUCCCAUCACCACUUCCCGCGAAAGAUGCGCCCGAAGCAACGAAAUCCUCACCACCACAUCUCCGAGGAAGAACAAACUUCGGAGACUCGGUCGCAGACGAAUGGCUGAUUGUCUACCUGCUGCUUGAACUAAGCAAGCAGUUCCCCGAUGCUUGGAUGCGAGUGUACGACACCGACGGGGAAUUUCUCUUGAUCGAGGCCGCCAACGCGCUCCCCAAAUGGCUCAACCCCGACAUUGCAGAGAAUCGAGUGUGGAUUAGCAACGGCCAUUUGAGAAUCAUUCCCAUUGCUGAGGGUGCCGUUUCGAGCCGCCUCUCUCUCAAAGACGCCUUGUCCUUUGUUCAGCAGCACCCGGAGAAGCUCAGCAUCUCUCCGUUCAUCGAGGAUGAAGCAUUCUACCGCCUGCGCGAGUACCCGGCCGCAAUCUCCUCUUCCCUUCAUCAUGCUCUUGUCAGUAUUCCGAGGACCUUGGCAUACAUCUUGCGCCGCGAUUCAGCCUACAUAUCACCCGCCAUCGAAGCUUUCUACCUUCGGGAUCCGGUUGGUCUGCGACCCUUGGCCACAAAGGACAUAUCCACAUUACGAUUCCCGCCCGAAGACUUUGUCUCUGUCUCGGUAAAGUUCACAAAAGUCGGAUAUGCGCAACUUCGAAGCCAGAUCUUUGAUCCGCCGCCAGCGUGGACAGCCGUGGUGCCGAGAAUGGAAGAUGCAAAGGUCGCGACUGGGAUGAAACUGGCGUGUGGCUUUGAGAUGUUGCUCUCUGAUCCACAGAACCAGGACAAGCGAGUGGUGCGGGAGAUGAAAUUACUCCUCGAGGAUGUCGAAAGCGGAGAGGAAACGCUGCCUUCUGAUGCUGAAAUUGCGGCCUGGCCGCAGAUUCAAGACGACGAGAAGUGGCUUGACAUUGAUUAUAAUGAUUUCGAAAAUGUACUGUCAGGAGAAAAAGGAAAGGCAAGUGCCACGUCGACUGGGAAAGGGAAGCCUGAUCCACACGAUAAUCUGCGCAAGAUGGUGUCGCGUUUCGAAGACUUUUUGAAAGAUGACAAUGCGGGUGCCGAAGGGGUGGACGAUGUCGACGACGACGACGAACCAAACUCUGACUCUGCCUCGGAUGGAGAGUCAGAAAUCAACGAAGAGGAAUUCAACCAGGCAGUCAAGGCCAUUCGGUCGAUGCAGUCAGAGGACAUUGAAAAGAACGGCCUCUUGGAUGAAGCGCGUAAACUUGCACUCGAAGACGCAGAAGACCAGAGCGAUGUGGACGAAGACGAAGAGAUGAAAAAGGUCAUGGCAUUGAUGGAGCAAGAGCUGAAAGGACACGGCGCACUGAAUCUAAACGACGACUCAUCAAAAUUCAAGAAGCCUGCCAAAGACAAGCCCAGACGCGCCUCGCAAGCAAGCGCAGAGGAAGAGAUCGGACCGGGCGAUGGCGAACUGAGCUCCGAUGACGAGGAGUUCAACGACGUCGACCUGGGCCUUGCGAAGAACAUGCUGGAAUCUUUCAAGGGUCAAGUCGGUAUGGCUGGACCGGCUGGCAAUUUGAUGCAUGCUAUGGGCGUUCAGAUGCCGAGAGACGAAGGCAGCGACAGUGAAUGA